CAAAAAAAAAAACUUGGAUUGCACCUAUAUAAAUCUUAUACAACCAAUCACUCGUGAUACGUGCAGUAGAGCGUGUUUCUCACGUGAUAUUAAAUAUCAUUUCGUGCCCAAAUCACUCGCAUUGUGCUCAACUUUUGAUAUACUUCACUCUUCACUCUCAGUAACUCUAUAACGUCGCCAUGGGUUCCGUCGUCCUUCCGCACCUGCGCACCGCUUGGCACGUCGACCAGGCCAUUCUCUCUGAAGAAGAACGGCUCGUUGUCAUCCGAUUUGGCCGCGACCACGAUGUCGACUGCAUGCGCCAGGAUGAAGUUCUUUUCAAAAUCGCCGAGCGGGUCAAAAAUUUCGCCGUGAUUUACCUCUGCGACAUUGACGAGGUCCCCGAGUUCAACACCAUGUACGAACUUUUCGAUCCAAUGACCAUCAUGUUCUUCUAUAGGAACAAACACAUGAUGUGUGAUUUCGGUACCGGUAACAAUAACAAAUUGAACUGGGUGCUGGAGGAUAAGCAAGAGUUGAUCGAUAUUCUUGAGACAAUCUAUAAGGGUGCCAAGAAGGGACGAGGUCUCGUGGUUAGCCCGAAGGAUUACUCGACGAGGUACCGGUACUGA